AUGAAAAUUAUGUCUCUCCCUGACGUCCAUCAAGUAUUCCUCAGUUUCCGAGGAGAUCAGUUGCGCUACAGCUUCGUCAGCCACCUUCUUGAUGCCUUUGAGAGACAUGAAAUCUUGUAUUUCGUAGACAAAGACGAGCUAAGGGGAAAAAGUAUGACAACCCUUUUUGUGAGGAUUAAAGAGUCGAAGAUCGCGCUAGUCAUCUUCUCUAGUAGGUAUGCCGAGUCGAGUUGGUGCAUGGAUGAGUUGGUGAAGAUAAGAAAACGUGUGGAUAAAGGAAAGCUCCAAGUCAUUCCCAUUUUCUACAAGGUUAGGGCAAUUGAUGUGAGAGGACAGACCGGUGAGUUUGGUGACAAGUUCUGGGCGCUUGCUAAAACUUCUCGAGGAGUUCAGAUCAUGGAGUGGAAGGAAGCCCUAGAGUGUGUUUCCAACAAGAUGGGUUUGUCCUUGGGAGACAAAAGUUCGGAAGCCGAUUUUAUCAAGGAAAUUGUUAGAGAGCUUGAGAGAGUUCUAGAUGAAAUUCGACACAAGGCCACAGAAGAUUAUCAUUGUAUCAAUUAG